CGCUGCUCUUGCCCGCCUUUCCUGGGCCAUUCCGAACUAUCCGGCCGAAGAGGGAGCCAACAGCAAGUUCGGGUGAGGCCAGGCAGCUGGAGCGAGAGGAAGGAAGGAAGAGGGGCUGCUGGGAACCAGGUCGCCAGCAAUAAAAGCAGGUAGGGCUGGAUGGUGCUUGGCGGAGAUUAGAUGAGGAGCAUUAGAUUAGGAGCCCUAUUCAGGGGCAGGAGCAGCUAAUCUGGAAGGGACACCCUUUAACCUGGGAGUUCUGUGUUCCCCUUCAACUGGGGGGCUCCUCUGUUCUUUGGAGGGCUGCAAUCCUAAACCCCACACUUUCCUGAGCGUAAGCCCCAUUUAAUUCAGUAGGACUUGCCUCUGAGUAGACCAUUCCCUGGAGGCUUUGCUUUUGGAGGCGUUUAGAUUGCAAUACUAAAACGCCCACUUUCCUUGGGAGUAAGCCUCAUUAAUUCACUAGGACUUACCUCUGAGCAGAUCUGGCCAGGAUCUCGCGCUACGCGUGUUUCAUUUUAUUGCUUGGGAGUGGGCAGAGAAGAGAAUUUGGCUGGGCAUUUCCACACACACACGCACCAGUUUCCAUUGCAAUAAAGUAAACAAAUGCUGUGUCGGAAUCUUUGCUCUUUGCUCCAGGGGCUUAGAAAGGGAGUCAGGCGUGUGUUGAUGUGAAGAGAGUCGUUUUUCUAUUUUUACUUGUACGGCUUUCUUUGAGGUGUGCUGGUAGGACUCCUCUACCCCUUACGCAGAACGAGGCAGAGGAUGACUGAGGCAUUGAAAUUCAGGACUGCAGCACUAAAGACUUCCGGGGUGGAGGAUGUGUGUGUCAUAGUUUGGGAUGCUAACUAAAGCUUUGUGCAUCUAGUAUACUAGCCCAGUAGGUUGGGGGGGGGGGGGAGGGAGGAACCUGUUGCCCUUUUGUGCUAGUCAACUAAUUGAAGGGAUAUGGUUUUGCUUUUAAGCACAUCCUGGAGUCUCUACGCAGGCUGUUUACUGCCUAAUGUGUGGAGCUGCUAGUGAUGCGGUGACCUCAGAGUGGGCCUUUCAAGCAGAGACUCAGCAAAAAGCAUGAGGGCUCCCAAAGAAGGCAGGGCCAGCUUACUUCAAACUGUGCUGACACACAUUGCCAUCUAAAAAGGCUGUUUGUGUGCCAAAUUGAGUCCAGAGUCCAAAAUUACAUGAUUGCACAACUAUUUUCUGCUAGGAAACUUUUGAUCUGGUUGGAGGGUAAUAGGGAAUGGGGAAUGCAGGUAGCUAUAAUUCGUCCCGUCCCCCCUGCAGUUUAGGGCAAUGUUUUUGUUAAAGCAACACCUACCUCCUCCUCCUUUGGCGAUCAUUCCCCCGAGUAAGAUUGUCUUCCAUAAACAUGGUUUUAACAGUGAGUCCGUAAGUGACUGUGGGCCAAUUCUUGAUCCAUGUCCUUCCAUAGUGGGGGCAUAGGUUUCCGGGUGGGAGUUGAUCACGGUGAGGGUUUGCCAAGCGUGCCUUCAUCUUUGCACGUUUCUCCCUUUUGCCCCGAGUUUGAGUGUCUUCAAAACCCACGACACUUUUGGUAAAGGCUGUCCUCCAGUUGGAGCGCUCACAGGCCAGUGUUUCCCAGUUGUCAGUGUUUAUACUACAUUUUUAAAAGAUUUGCCUUGAGAGAGUCUUUGAACCUCUUUUGUUGACCACCAGCAUUACGCUUUCCAUUUUUAAGUUCAGUAUAGAAUAGUUGAUUUGGGAGAUGAUAAUCAGGUGGGUUAGGGCACAAAUAUGAUAGGCUGCCAAAACAAUAGAAAGUUGAACAGCGAUGUCCCCUUUUGGCAUAAUUCUUAUGUACAGAGAAAGCCUUGAGGGGCCUAGGAAGGAGAUCCUAUGCUGAUGAGAGUGAGGGUGCUUUCAUGCUGCUUGAGAGCCUGUUAGACGUAUCCGGUUGUCCUCUCUGUUGGAAACAGGAUCUCUGGCUUAGUUUGGCAGCAGGAACCUUAUCUGUUCUAGUAAAUAAGAACAGCCGUAGCUCUUAAUUUCCCCCAAGGAUUAGAUCAAAGACCUGGGAAUAAGAUAACCUGAACAUGUGGCUCUGAUUUUCCAUCCUUGGACUUAACGAAAAAGACUACUGGGUGGGGGCAGAGACUAUGGCCCAGUCAUGAUCAUUUAUCAAGGGAUGGGAUAACUGAAGGUUCCAAAGUGAUUUUGCUUGAAGGGGCCACUCUGAGCCUUCCCCGACACAACUCCUGCCUGUGGACAAGUCAUUGAAGCAAGCCAGGCUGUUCUGGGACAUAGAGAGUUCUGAAACAGGGUGUGUAAGUUUUCAAAAGAUCUUUAGCCUUGGAUGGCAGAGUCACUCCUGUCACAGGGACCUUUGAGCACCUGGAAGAGUUUUUUUUGUAAAGCAUGAGGCUGAGUGAGGCACUGACUCAGCCCUUCCAGGCUCCUGCCAGCAUCCAAAAGUUCUCAAGCAGCCAAAUUUACCUGUUCAGAAGCAGGCCGUCGGAUUCAGAUGACUCCUCGUCAGAGGAGGAGCUCGACAUCAUGGAAUUGCGAGCGAGAGGGAAGGAGCAACGGAGGCGCAACGCUGCCGCAGAGAAAGUUGGGGAUGUGGUUCUCCUGGAACGCCAAGUUAGCAAAGAUGACAAUCUGAACAAAUUGGCACUGCAGUAUGGAUGCAAAGUUGCAGAUAUCAAGCGGGUCAACAACUUCAUCCAGGAGCAAGACUUGUAUGCACUAAAAUCCAUCAGGAUUCCAGUCAAGGUCAACGGCAUGUUAACAGAGACCCAGGAAGCGUUGCUGCCUGCCCAGAGAGCUGGUCUGUUGUUGCCUGCUGAACUGUCUGGGUCCAAAGAGGGAGACGUCAGCUCCGAAGACACUGAGCAAAUCGAUCAGUAUUUCAGAGGGAUCGACCAGGAUAUUGAGAAAGCAACUCUGCUGGACGUCUCCCCAAGCACAGACUAUUACAUCGAAACACCAAACCGGUCACCUUCCGGGAGGAAGGAAAUCGGUGCUGGAGCAGACUGUGGGAUCCAGUGGUGGAAUGCAGUUUUCAUUAUGCUCCUCGUAGGAAUAAUUUUGCCAGUGUUUUAUAUUGUCUAUUUUAAAACCCAGCAGCUCGAAGUGACUACUACCUCCAACACAACUCUUUCUGUGAACAACACUGACGGGUCACUGAGGGGGACACCCGUCCUCCCUGUGCUUAAAGAACCCCUGCCCACUAUCCAAACCCACAGAGACUUCCUUCCGUCAGGGGGAUGACUCUGUCUGUUAUCCCACCCUACCCCACCCCUCAAAAAGUGGAGGAAAGUCUCUUUGCUUUUGAAAUAAUGUUCUGGGAUGAGCCAACAACAGAUCAGUUGCUUCUUAAGUUGGUAGGAGCUCAACUUGGAAAUGAGAUCAAGGAAGACCGGGACAGAGCAAGACAUGGACAGUGGCUGGUCAGUCACAAAGGGAAUGGUGGGAUGGCUCACUUUUAAGCAGCAAAAAGGGGUGUAAGUAAGGGUGCAGAACCCGAAACCUCUUGUAGGUUGUGUGCCCCCCAGUACCAGUCUUCUGACAGAUAUCAGAAGCAGGCUCAGCUGGGGAAAUGGCACUUAGGGAGAAGGGUCAGCACUCCUCCCCUGUGCACCCUUUUCACUAUUAAAAAAUUGGCCACAUUUGCACCUUACAUUCUACAGUCAGGGCUUCCCCCAGGGCAUCCUGGGAGUUGUAGUUAGUUAAGGGUGCCGAGAGUUGUUAGACUUCAUAGAGUUGUUAGACUUCAUAGAGCUCUAUUCCCUUCACAGAGCUACAAUUCUGAGAGUUUGCUGGGAAGAGCCGUCAAUUGUAAAGCCAACCUGAGUAUGGUAGCUCUGUGAGGGGAAUUGGGGGAGGCGUCUCCUAACAACUCUCAUCAUCCUUAACAAAACUACAACUCCCAGGAUGCUUUGGAGGCUUGUUAAAGCGGUAUGACAGCACUUUAAGGUGGAGGUGUGAUCAUAUCCCACCCCCACCCCCCUUUUCUUGUGUUAUUGGAGGCAAAUCUCAUUUUAUGCUUGCUACCUCUUUCAAGACUCUGAGGUUUGGUCUUCCUGAGGAAACAGGCCUAGCCUAUUACCUGGGCGAUAUAGAUAUAUAUUUAAAUUAAAUGCCAGUUUAUUAAGUCAUCUUGUCUUAAUUUGCAUACAAUAAAGCUUUCUUUGGAUAAACACUUCUGCUAAAAAAAGCAGAGAAGAAGCUACGGUAGCUGUCAUCUCAAGCUUGGUUUACACAUACACAAAUACGUGGGAGAUACAAGGAUUAUGAUUUUACUUGCAUCGCCACCUCUUUCUCUAAUGAGCUCAGGGUGGUGUUGCUGGUGAUCUUCAUCCUCUCUUCUCCACAUACCACAUGCUCUCCACCAUCACUGCUUAGGGAAGGGCUGUAGCUCAGUGAUAAAGAGCAUCUGCUUUGCCUGAAGAAGGUGCCCGGUUCAGUCUCUAGGUAGGGCUGGGGAAAUUUGCCUGAAGAACUACAGCCAGUCUGUGAAUAGCUAGCCCUGAACAAAAUGGACCAAUCAUCUGAUGCACUGUGCCCUCUCUGACGAGGCUAUUGUAGCCACUGCUGAACUAAAUGGCGGCUGUUCCUUUUAAGACAGAUGCAAAGGUUAAAGGGGAGAGCCAGUGGAUUGGAGUGGUUAGCAUGUUGGACUAGGACCUGGCAGACCAGGAUUGAAAUCCCCACUCAGCCACGAAGUUCCCUUGGGCCAGCCACUGCCUUUCAGCCUGAGCCUACCCUACGUAAAAGGCUUGCUAUGAGAGUAAAACAGGGAGGAAGAGAGUAUAGGCCACCUUGAGAGCUCUUUUGAGAAAAGGUGGGGUAUACAAGGCAGGCAAAGAGUCAUAUGUGGGCACUCCUGCCCCAUUUUUCUCAUAGCAAGCGCCAGGGCUAAGACCCCAAGCCUUGACUGAUGGUUCUAAACAUCAGUGGAAGGGAAUCUCCUCCCCCCUGAAUACAGAUGGGGAAGACUCCUCUCAUUUUCACAUUGGCUCCAUUUGCAAGUUUGACUUCAGCGCCUUCAGCCAUAUGUUUCUACCCAUUGCUCCCAGAGGUCCUUCUGGUAAGAUGGCAAACACAAAAGGCAGAAAAGGAAAUCUAUUUCUUCAAGGCUGCCUUUCCCAAACUAGCAGGUGUGGCCAUAACCAAUGUGGUGCCCUCUACCGUAGCUGCUUGUUUAUUUACUGUUGGAUUUAAACAUCACCUUUUCUCCAAGGAGCUCAGGGUGGCAUAAAGAGCGGUCCCGCUUUCCAUUUCAUCCUCACACCAAGUUUGGGAGGUAGGCUAGGCUGAGAGGCAGUGACUAGCUAAGAGAGAGAGAGUGGCCCACUGCCGUGCUGGGCUCAAUUCCCAUCAUCUCCAACAACUGGCUGUGCUAGCCGAGACUGAUGGGAGUUGUAGUCCCAACAAGAAAUGGAAGGACAUCAUGUUGGCUAUCCCUAAAGCAAUUCAAAAUGGCUCACUCUCUCACACACACAUACACACACCCGGUGUAUACACUGUAUAUUGUGUUCUUUUUGUACAUGGUGCUGGGAGAGCUGUGCCCUGAAAAGCAGUUUUAUUUAUACAGUAGAUGCUUUGAAUCACUAUAACUGAGCAAACAGCAUUGUAGCCCAAAGUAAUUACCUGCCUGUUCCUGUGGCUGAUCAGGGCCUCUUCAGACCAGCAAAAGCUAUUACCACCUAGGCUUUCUUUUCUUCUCUCCAUAAAGCAUUAAUUUGGGAGUGGGGCAGGAGGCACACACACACACACACUUUAAUCACUCCCAAAGUCUUAACUCCAUGCCCAUGGAAACUGGCAAAAGCUCAUCGUAAUGGAAAACAGGCUAAAUCUGUUUCAGCUGCAGAUCUUUCAGACAGCAAAACACGACACUCCCUAAAUGUUCGGGCCAGAGCACAAAGUACUGUAUUAAUUUCCAUUCCACCUCUCUCGUAGCAAACUUGACAACGCAGUUACAACAAAGAGGAAUUGGGUCCAGAACAGUAUGGCAGAGCAGAAGGUGAGGACUGUGUUCAGAAAACUCUGCAAGAAGCCCCCUUUUUAUUCUGUGAUAUCAAUCAAAUAGCUAUGAAGAAAAACAAACAAGACUUUUAAGAUAGGAAAUCCAGAGCAGUGACCUUUAAAAAUACUUGCAUGGAGUUUCUCAUGUUGGCUAGACACAUGUCAAUCCCGGCCAAGGAUCAGGCAUGACUCACCAAGCUGAUCUGUCUUGCAAUGUGUUGUUUUUAAAAAGGGGUUCAGCAAUAGAGUAUGGACUCAGCACAGCUCCAUACAGGGGGGAAAGAGAAUACACCAAUGGCUGCAGAAAUCAGGUUCCUGACAAUCUCAGCUUUCAUUUUAAAAAGCUUCUAGUCUACUAUUUAUACCCCGCCCAUCUGGCUGGGUUUUCCCCAGCCACUCUGGGUGGCUUACAGCAUAUAUAAAAAAAUUGUACGUCAUCAGCCAUUGAAAAUUAAGUGGGGGACAGAUCUAGUGGUUUAGGCUUCAGUGUCCUUGCCCUUCCCAUCACUAGCAAAAACAAACAUUAAAAAAUUGCAUGAUGUAUGCAGGCCACAUAAUUCAGAUUUUCUUGGUGGAGAAUCCAGAUUACUUUAGCACAGAAAUUCAAGGGCAGAGUACACAUAGGGAACCAGUAAGAGAAUAUUUGAGAGGCAUCCUUAUGCCAGUCUAGAGCAGAGGGUAGUAGUGGUCAUGCCCUCCAGCUGUUUGGGGUACAGUGCCCAUCAGGGCUGGGUGAUGUAACAAUACAUCAUCCAAAAUCAGUUUGAAGUCCACAUCGUGGUAACAGUUUCAUAACAGUCGGCAUGGUGAUAUUGCAAUGUGUGUGUGUGCUAUGGGGAAAAAACAAGAUGUAGGGAGACUGAAAUCCAGUCAUCGCUUCUCACAUGAUUCCUGCCAACCAUGUUGCUCUGUACUAUAAAAUAACAGCUGUAACAAUAUGUUAAAGGUAAGUAAAAAUGUAUCAGUUUUAGACUCCUAAGUACUGUAGUAGCAGCUGCCUGAACGUUUUCCCAUUCGUCUCUACAUAGUUCCAUCCUUAUUUCACACAGCAGUGUAUCACAAUGUUUAGCUGGCGAUACAUCACAAUGUUGAAAACCAGACAUUGCUUAGCCCAUCAAGUGACCACCAUAUGUUGUUGGGCUAC